AUGAUCCUAAAGCGACUAUUCUCAUCAUCAUCUUCAUACUUAUCACAAUCCACAAUAUACUUUGGUGAAAACUCAUUAAACAGAUUAUCCUUCCUAAGAAAAGAUCCAAUCUUCAUUGCUAAUGCCCUAACAUCCCCAUAUUCUAAAAUCAUCUUUUUGAACAAUUCAAAUCCAAUAGUUAAAGAUAAUCAAUUAUACACUUCAAACUAUUCACAAGUUGAUUAUAAAUUCCGUCAAGUAUUAGAUUCUUGGAUAGAUUCAAAUUCAAAAUCCAGUAACCCACCAUUAUUAUGUCAUUUCUUGGGAUUAUCCAAUAAGCAUUAUUCACCAUUCAAAUAUAAACAAUAUUCAGGAAUCCCCUUUUUCGCAAUUGAAUUACAAGAUCAUAAAUUAUCAUCAAUCACUUCAGAGCCGGCUCUAUUAGAAUUGCAAACAAGAGAAGAAAUCAACACCCAUUUAUCUAAUCAUGAUGCAUCUAUUAUAUCACAGGCUAAAAUGUAUUUAAACUGGUUACAAUCAACAAAACAUUGCCAAGGUUGUGGAUCAUCAACAAUCCCUAUCCAUGCUGGUUCUGAAUUGUUAUGUUCAAGUUCUGAACAGAUCAAGUGUCCUGUGAAAACAGCUCCUGUUUCAAAUGCUUCAUUCCCAAGAUUGGACCCUGUUUUAAUCACUUGUGUUGUGCAUAAUGACCAUGUAUUAUUUACAAGAAAUUCCAAAUUCCCCAAGGGGAUGUAUACCUGUAUUGCAGGCUUUAUAGAACCUGGUGAAAGUAUUGAAAAUGCAGUUAGGAGAGAAGUUUGGGAAGAGAGUGGGUUGCAAAUUGACAAAGUUGAAAUUGUUCAAUCUCAACCAUGGCCAUUCCCAACAAAUAUAAUGAUUGGUUGUAUUGGAUAUGUUGCAGAGAAUCAAAAUGAAAUUGAAUUAAAUCAUGAUGAAGAAUUACAAGAUGCUCAAUGGGUACAUUUUUCGAAACUACGUGAAUUAAUUACAAAUGGUGAAGAGAAUAAAGAUUUAGUUGUACUGAUUGAUGGAUUCUCCAUGGGUAUUCCAAAUGAUAAGACAUUGGCUUAUCAAUUAUAUAAAUAUGCAGUGGAUCAUAUAUAUUCAUAA